UUUAUUUACAGACGGCUGAUAGCUCCUGGCGCUUUUCUCAAAAACCACGAUAAUGGACAUACUAUUAAGAAGACAAACAAGUUUUGACGAUCUCUGUAUUGUUUGAAAAUAUGUUAGACCCGAAUAUAUGCAUCAAAAAGCCUUUUGAUUUUGGAUAUCCUGUUUUGUGUGGAUCUUUAGGAUGGAAACAAGGAGAUGAGGAAGGAAAGUGGGCUCAAAAAGCAAUUGAAACAUUAAUUAAAAAAUUAAAAAAACGGAAAGGAGUUUUAGAAAGGCUUCAGUACGCUUUGCUUCACCCAAACGAGCCUAGUGAAUGUGUAACUAUCCCACGAUCUCUAGAUGGUCGAAUUCAGGUUUCUCAUCGAAAAGGAUUUCCACAUGUAAUAUACUGCAGAGUCUGGCGUUGGCCAGAUCUUCAGAGUCAUCAUGAGUUAAGACCUGUGGAAAAUUGUAAAUUGCCAUUUAGUUCUAAAGAGACGGAAGUUUGCAUCAACCCAUAUCAUUAUACUCGCGUUGAUUAUCCUGUCUUGCCUCCUGUGUUAGUACCUCGACAUAACGAAUACCCAACUGUUGAAUCUACGAAAAAGGAGUCUCCAAGUGACGAAACAUUUGAUUCACAAUGUUAUCCUGGUUUUCAUGCUAUAAACUAUCAAGAACCGAAAUACUGGUGUAGUAUUGCAUAUUAUGAAUUAAAUUCACGCAUUGGUGAAGCAUACUUUGCUAGUAUACCGAGUAUCAUUGUCGAUGGUUUCACUAAUCCAGGUCGAGAUAGUGGUCGGUUUUCUUUAGGGUUUCUAUCAAAUAUCAAUAGAAGUUUAGCUGUUGAAAAUGCCCGCAAACAAAUUGGAAAGGGUGUUCAUUUGUUUACUUUUGGUGGCGAUGUUUACGCAGAAUGCUUAUCAGAUUGCAGUAUUUUCAUCCAAUCGCGUGAAUGUAAUGAACGUCAUCAUUUUCAUCCGACAACUGUGAUUAAAAUACCUCCAGGUGGAUGCUUACGCAUUUUUUCUAAUCGUCAAUUUGCUCAUAUUCUUAGUUAUACUAUAUCACGUGGUGUUGAAGCUACCUAUGAUCUUGUACGUAUGUGUACCAUACGUUUAAGUUUUGUUAAAGGUUGGGGUGCUGAAUACCAUCGACAAGAUAUAACUUCUACACCAUGUUGGAUAGAAAUACACUUACGUGGUCCUUUCUUAUGGCUUGAUCGUGUUCUUCGUCAAAUGGGCCCUAGUAGAAGCCCAAUCUCUUCAGUUUCCUAAUUUCCUAAAAAAAUCCUACAAUAUCAACAACUACCAGUCAUUUGUUUGUUUUAUUUUACUGUCAUACACAAACAUACCCUCGUCACCGUUUCGCUAUGUCCACAUUGUGAUUGACUAACAUAACUUCAAUGAUAUUUUACUUACUCUGUGAUUAUGUGAUUGAUUACCUGGUCCUCAAAUAUCACUUACCCAUUGUUUUUAUCUUUGCUUUCUCAUUGUUUCUUUUCUAGUCUAUAAAAAAAACAGAAAACUCUUGUAUUGUGUUUUUUUUUUAUGCACUUACUUACUACCUAGAGCACUGAUCUAUAUGCCGCCCAUAUGUUGUGUUGUUCUUAAUCACCAAAUGUUUUAAUCCUAUUAAACAAGCACUGAUUCUCUCAAUCUACAAUUUUACUGUUUCUAAAAUAUAUAUAUAUAUAUAUAUAUAUAUAUAUUGUAUGUAAUAUCUAACUUUAUUAAUCGUGAUUAUUUAUACUACUCAUUUUAUUAUUUAGAUUACAUAUGUAUUCGCUUCCUUUUUUUAUUUAUUAUCAUGGUAUUGAACAUUUAUUAUUAUCAUUAUCUACUUGUGUGAACUUAACCAACAAUCAAGCGCCUAUUGACUUACUCUUUAUAUUUUCAACUAUUUACUGAAUUGAAUUUCAACCUUUUUUUUUUGUUCUACGUACAUAUUUGCUCAGAAAAUCAAUUACUGUGUACAUGUGUUACUACUGUCUUAAAGAUCAUAAUGUUAUGUGUUUUCAAAGUUUAUAUUUAUAUAUAAAUA